UGGGUUUGAUUUGGCGCGGUUUCAUAUUUUCUUGAUCUGAUUUUUAGACCCUGUCCAUAACAACCCAAACCAAAUCCCUCCCUCCCUCACUCCCUCUUGUCUCUCGCUCAUUCGAACAAGACGAGGAGUGGUCGAGUGCCAAAGAGAGAAGAAAAGCGCAGCGAGAGAGAUGGUGGCGUCAUCGUCGGCGGUGGAAGGAGGUGAGGGAGCAUCGUUGGCGUCGGCAUCGUGCGGGGACUGGGCCAAGCGGCGGGUGAGCUACUUCUACGAGCCGACGAUCGGAGACUACUACUACAGGCAGGGGCACCCGAUGAAGCCCCACCGAAUCCGCAUGGCUCACAACCUCAUCAUCCACUACCGCCUACACCGCCUCAUGGAGGUCUCCCGCCCUUUCCCCGCCACCGCCGCCGACAUGAUCCGCUUCCACUCCAAAGAAUACAUCGACUUCCUCGCCUCCGUCUCUCCCGUCACCGCCGCCGCCCUCGCCUCCUCCUACGCCCUCCAGCUUAAGCGUUUCAACCUCGAUUACGACUGUCCCAUAUUCGAGGGCCUCUUCCAGUUCUGCCAGGCAUCCGCUGGUGGCUCCAUCGGCGCGGCUGUCAAGAUCAACCGCGGCGAUGCUGACAUCGCCAUCAACUGGGCUGGCGGUCUCCACCACGCCAAGAAGUGCGGGGCCUCCGGCUUCUGCUACGUCAACGACAUCGUCCUCGGCAUCCUCGAGCUCCUCAAGUUCCACAGAGUGAUGCUACCCCCAAUGAUUUGCGAGGAGGAUUAUAGGGGAAUUUAUAAGGACAGCAACUCCUUUUUAGAGUCCAAAAUCUUCAUCUCGCCACAUUUUUUGAAGAACUGGAGGAGGAAUUUUUAAGAGAUGUAAGUGGAGAAGCUAUCCUUUCACUGGUGCAUUAUAGACAUUACAUUUAUGAGUUACUCAACGAAAUGAUGGACUUUGGUUACCUGCAAUACACUGAAGCUAAGAUUCUCGGUGAGUUUAUUAAGACAGAUGCAUACAAGACAGAAGUUACACAGAGGUCUCUGAUGGCUGUCACAAAUACGGUGUCUUAGCGCAGUGAAGGGUUGUGAAUUGUGAUACAACAAUAAUGAAGUGCUUUUGGCCAUGGUUGAAAGUGUCAAUAUACUUGUCAACAGCAAUUGACAGAUUAUCCAUUCUGAUGUUGUUGGGGCAUCGGAAAUGAGAACAUAUUUGAGGUAAAGCCUCCGAUCUGGGAUGCUCAAGUCAAGAGGCACUCAAGAAGUCACCAACAGAUCAUGGAAAAAGCGAAAAGUCAGUUUUAAGUUUUAGGAAAGGAGCACUGCGACAAACGUGGUAAGUGAGCUGAGCUGCCCGUCACUUCAGAAGCCACCAAUCCUAUCAUAGGUUCUGCUGCAUAUGCACCUGAGAAUGAUGCAUUAGUCUGGAAAAUAAAAUCUUUUCCUGGUGGAAAGGUACGGGAUGUAACUUCUCUUUCCGGAUUAAUAUGAGGUGCCAUCAAGUCAAGUUUACAUUUAAACUUUUUUUUCUUCAUGAUUCUUGUGUGAUUCUUUGCUACACGUGGGAGUACAUGUGUCGGGCAGAAUGUAGAAAUGACAGCUGAAGCAGCAGCUCCCGAGAAGAAGGCUGCUUCUAUACGUAUGAAGUUUGAGAUCCUAUAUUUCACUACCUCUGAGAUGCUGGUGUUUUGGUCUUUCAGAGUCUCCAUAUCAAACUACCAUAUGAACCAGUAGUUGAUGCAUCUAUUAUAUUGGUUACCCUGGUCCGGUAUCUCAUAAGUAUCAUAAAGAGUGGAUACCAAGCUUUUCCAUGGGUGAGACACAUCACAGUGGCUGGUGACUAUGAGCGAAGACUCAUCUAGCUCACUACAUUCCUGCCGUCUGGCAUUGGAAAACCAAUAUGCAAGACUAUAGAAGCUUGUACUGUAGUUACUGGAUAAUUUCCAAGUUUAGCGUUGGUAUGUGCAGUAGAAAGGUCAUCUUGCCUUUACUAUCUUAUAUGAAAUUGUUUGCGAGCAUGAAAUGCUAUUCCCAAGAGAAUUAUGUAUUUAGGUCGGUCGUUGAGUAUCGUGCUUGGCAAUGGAAAUAUGCUAAUAUGUAUUUGACUGUGUA